UUAAGCCCCAGAAUGUCCCUUGCGCAUUGGGACCGGCUGAAAUACAGCAGAUACGAGCGGAUGAAGCCUGACCGGAACCACCUCUUGGCGGCCGGGGCGCGCACAGUACCGGAAGUGAAGGAAAAGGAGGUACCACCUCACCACCAGUGGACACCGUAUGCCGGGCCUGUCAUCUGGACAGGCCCCGAAGGAUCCCGUGACUACAGACCGAGGCUGUUCAAAGACUGGCAACUACUGGGUAUCGGCGCGGAUUCCCCAGAGAAGACGCUGUCUGCCACAUACAUCAGCCGGGCACCAAUCGACACACCGUUCGGAAAACCUAGGACAGAGCUGAUCGGAGAGAUCGGCUGGUUCUACCGGGAAUACAAGACCUGUAUACGGCGAGCAUUUCCGGCUGAGUUAGAUAGAUGAUGCAUGUACCCGGGACAUCUCUGUAAUUUGAGAUAUAUGAAAGACAUAUACUGAAUAAUUUUAGCUGUCUUUAACCUGAUUGUUUGUUCACUCGUGUGUUGUGUUAAAACGUGUUAACAUUUAUGUAUCAAUGAGUAUUUCUUGGUUUUCCUUUUCAACAAACUUAAUACAAUUUUGGAAAACUAGGGAUCUGUAUGACCUCUUUAAGGUACGGCACCAAGGUAUGCAUGUCUAGAUCAAUAAAAUGCAGGUGAUUAUAGAUGGUAGUAAUACACACCAAACUAUAUAAACGUCAGUAAAGUUGUAUUGUUCUUUCAGUACGGAAACUAACACGUUCUUUAAACGGUUAUUUAAUUUAGAUUGCAGACUGUUCUCCAUGUACUCAUGUAAGA